AUGGCCGGUCCCAGCAAGUCUUUGAUCCUCGACCCGGCCCUCCAGAAAUACUACGACCUCACCGCCAACCGGUACAAGUACUUCCGGUGGACGCCGCGCCAUGCCUGGUUCUCUUUCCUGUACAUGGCUCUGAUCCCGGGAGCGUUGGGCUAUGUGGCUUAUAACACUGAUGGCAAAUACGAUCUGCGCGGCAAGCGGAAGGGAGAUACCAUUGUGGAGUGGUAGAGGGGCUGAUUUGACGAGUUUGAUGGAGUGGUGAUAGCAGGACAGAAGGAUGGGGGUUGUAUCUAUUAUACCGCGGUGCAAUUGAUUUCGUUUCGUUUUUAUCGAGUGUUGGAUCUUGGAUGCUCCUGUAGGCUGGUAGCUCGGUAGUUGGGACUGGAGUAGGUAGCUCAUAGCAUUUAAGAUGAGUAUGCAUUUGCUGU